GUCUGUCCUUUUUUCAUGUGUAGUGUCUGGCAACUCUGCCGUAGUCAGCCCGGCGGCCGGCCAGUUGACCGUGAGCCGUGCUUCUCUUGGCAGGACAAGGCGCUGGUCGUGAGGGACAGUACCACCGUCAUUGCCUGCUGUCGGAACCCAGGCGGUGCAGAGGAGCUUAAAAGUGUUCAGGAGUGUACAACAAGGGGCGGUGUAUACGACGAGGGACAAGGUCGGGUCAUGCCGGCCAUCCCUAAACAUGGAGCAAGCAAGUCUCGGGCGUCAGUCAGGAGGUGGAGCACGACCCGCCACAAAUCUGGCACAGGCGUCCCUACAACUGCGCAACUGCGCAUUACCAACUUCGUGGAGGCGCAUGUGUUUCACUCUCUUCAGAAGAUGACGCAGACCGAGGAGGCGUGUGGUUCGGCACAGGUCCUGCCACUACUGGAGGGAGAACCAAACCAGCGUGUCCUAACACCCUCAACCUGCGGCAGGAAACUGGCUCUUCUUGCACUGGAAGACACAAACUGUCUGCGCCUUUCAUGGAGGAAUUGGACCCUGCCUCUCACCAGCUCUGACCUGGCAACACUCGGCGUCAUCCAGGGAGGGAGGAGGACAGGACAGGACAGCCUUGCUUCAUCUAACCUAACCUAACCAAUACAUGUUGCUGCCUCAUCCAGGGUGGGAGGGAGGGAGGACAGGACAGACUGCCUUGCUUCAUCUAACCUAACCAAUACAUGUUGCCAAUCACUCUUGUAAUGUUAUUUAUUAUUCCUUCCAUCUAAUGUGAAUGUGCCCACAUGUGUAAUGUUGUUAUUCCUUAUGUUCUGUGAUGGACCCACAUGACUGUUGUGUUAGUACUAAUAAUAAAUCAUAAUAAGAAAA